GGCAACAUGGCCAAGGUUUAUGGGGUAUUGGAAAAUAUUGCAAGUUUAGAAGGUCAUGACGGCACUGUAUGGUGUGUGGCUUGGAACCCAUCUGGAACAUUGUUAGCAAGCUGUAGUGUUGACAGAAAAAUAAGGUUAUGGGGUAAGGAAGAUAAGAAGUGGGUCUGUAAAACCAUUCUAGCUGAUGCACAUGAAAGAACCAUAAGAUCAGUGAGUUGGUCCCCAUGUGGAAAAUACAUAUCUUCUGCAAGUUUUGAUGCAACAACCUGUAUCUGGAGCAGAAAAGAUAAUCAUGAGUUUGAGUGCAUUGCAACACUUGAAGGGCAUGAAAAUGAAGUCAAGUCUGUAUCAUGGUGUCCAUCGGGGCAGCUGUUAGCAACUUGUGGGAGAGAUAAGAGUGUUUGGAUCUGGGAAGUUCAAGAAGAUGGUGAAGAGUAUGAAUGUGCAAGUGUUUUAAAUUCUCAUACACAGGAUGUAAAACGAGUCCAGUGGCACCCUGAUAAAGAGAUGUUAGCAUCAUGUAGUUACGAUGAUACAAUCAAAAUGUACAAAGAAGACGACGACGAUUGGGUGUGUUUUGAUACGUUAGAAGGUCAUCAGUCCACCGUCUGGGCCAUUUGUUUCGAUAAAACUGGCGAUUUUCUAGUAUCUUGCAGUGACGAUAAAACCUGCAAAAUAUGGAAAUCAUAUCUGCCAAAUAAUCAGGAAGGUAUAGCAACAAAUGGUAGCGAUCCAAAGUGGAAAUGUGUUUGUACAUUGAGUGGAUAUCAUCGUAGGACAAUCUAUGACGUUGACUGGUCCCACGGUCCAAGAACUUUGAUCGCAACCGCGUCUGGAGAUGAUUCAAUUCAUAUCUUCGAGAAGGAUGAAAACAUCACAGAUGAUAACCAACCAAUAUUCAACCUGGUGGCUAAACGGGAAAAGGCCCACGAGCAAGACGUGAACUGUAUUUCAUGGCACCCGAAAGGCAAUAUCCUGGCAUCCGCUUCUGAUGAUGGAACCGUCAAACUAUGGAGGGUAACGGAAGGAUAGAAUUGGAUACUAUAUGUAUCAAUUGGAGAGAUAUGUAUGUAUGUACUCGUUUUUGUGCAGGGUCGCAUAAGAAAUUGUGCAUUUGAGAAUAUGAAUGACAAGCAUGUGGAUGGAGGAAAUGAUAAAAUAUUGUUGAGGGUAUACAUCACUUACUCCGUAAUUCAUCAGGAACUGGUUGUAUGAAACUGAGUAAACUGUAAUAAUUUAAUGACUGAAAGGAUGCCUGUGUCUUGAUGUAAAGUCCUGCGAAUUUUGGCCUCACAAUUUAAACAAUGAGGACAAUGGGGAGGACGCAGGAGGUGUCGUUCCAG